UGAUUAAUGCCCUUUGGACACACACAAUCACUUAAAUCAGCGAACUUAUCUUAGCAAUGCGCAUGCUCAUCUUAUCGAAAACUUAGGUUAUGUUAAAAUAAAGUAGGAUUAUUUAUCAAUUCAUUGUCCCGAAACUUCCACGUCAAUGGUUUAUGUGAUUGAUAAUCAAACUCGCUGUAUAUAGUUAAGUGCAAUUCUGUGUGUUAGAAACAGUUUUAAACACUCAAUUCAUCAUAAUAUAAUGCCGAAAGUUAAUAAACGUUUAGAAAAUGAUAUACAAUCUGCUGAUCCUAUUUCCAAACAUUUUCGAUUUAGUCAGAUAUCCAAGCCGCAUGUUAGAAAUCCAAAUUUCGGCGAUGAAGAAACCAAGUGUUUAAUUUCCUUAUGGGGUAAUCCGACAGUGCAGCGAACUUUAAUCACAUCUCACAAAAAGAGUCCUAUAAUAAAUACUUUAGCUGUUCUGAUGCAACAGAGGGGCUAUUACAGAUCUCCAGAUGAAAUAAAUACAAGAUUAAAAAAUUUAAAAUGUUGCUACAAUCGGAUUAAAAAAGAUUUAGACGGCGGCAUAUUAAAUAAUUCCAAAUGGCUUCAUUUUAAAGCUAUGGAUGCUAUAUUAGGUAAACGAUGGAAUAAACGUGAAGUUCAUAAAUCAUAUUUUAAUAAAGAUAAAGAAGCUAUAUUGGGUAGUCCGAAAGAGAAAGAUUUAUUGGAAGAUAAUAAUGAUUAUGAAGGAACUGAAUUAAGGCCUGAAGACUUAUUGGAGGUGGAAGGGCCAUUGGACUCUGUUAGUAUUAAAGAGGAAGAUGCCAUUGAAGAAGAUUUGCCCAAUUUAGGCUAUCAACCAACUAGUCCUGAUAGAAAAUCAAUUCAAUAUUUACCAGGUAAUAAAGCUGUGUCAAUAAUACCUCAAAUUUCCUCUAGUGAUACGUUGUGUGCUCAAUCAAAAGAUUCAGCUUCAGCUUCAGGAAAUAGAAUAUCUGUAGUUCCAACUAACUUUUUAUUGAAAUCGAAUUCUUUAUAUUCACAAAAAAAGAAUGAAGUUUCUAUAAUACCUGCAGCUCCAGAACCCACUUUUCCAAGCAACAAUGUUCAAAAUGGAACAUUGCCAUUGCAAGUAUUGUUGUUAAAUGGUUUACAAAAACAGCAGUAUAAUAAUAAUAACAAUAAUAAUAAUAAUAUUAAUAGUAAUAGUAAUAAUAACAAUAAUAAAAGUGAUAGCAAAACGUGCACUCAAAAUAUUGUAGAUAGUGAUAUGUCAAUCCUCUUACGACAGUUGAUAGAUAUUCAAUCGAAGGCUCUAGAAAUUGAAAAGCAAAAACUUGAUUUAAAGAAACAAAGGCUGGAUUAUGAACAAUCUAUUGGAUCAAAAUUAAUAAUGUUAAUUCCAUUAUUUGAAACAAUAGCUCGUAGUAUAGAUUUGAAUAAUUCAAAGACGAGCAGUGAUGAUACUAUAAGGGAUUCCAUUAAUAAUUAACAGGGUAUUUACCUUUAUCAUAUGUAUAAAGAAAACUAUCUUGUAUAGUAUGGAUCAUACAGUAAUCUUAAGUUAUUUUAUAAUGUAAUGAGGCUGUAUAUUUU